CACGUGUUUGUUUGUGUAUCUCGAAAUGUCAGUGGAGUUUUGAACAGUUAACUUGAUCUGUUUUCUAUUUAGGGUACCAGAAGGUUACAUUCAAAAUGAGGAGAGCACAUAUUGGAGAGACGCAAAUGCAGCCAACAAAUGAGAUGUUAGAAGAGGAGAAUUCAUCUUUAGAAUCCAGCCUCUCUAACAAAGUCAAGGCUUUGAAACAUUUGACAAUUGACAUUGGCACAGAAGUCAGAACUCACAACAAGCUGUUAAGUGAAAUGGACAAUGAUUUUGAAUCCAGUACAGGACUGCUGGAGUCGAGCAUUGCUCGUGUGAAGGCCAUAGCUAGAACAGGAGGCUGGCGAUUCAUUCUCUAUCUUGUACUCUUUUCACUCUUUGUGUUCUUUGUGUGUUAUGUUAUCUUAAAAUUUAGGUGAUGAUUGUUGGAAAGGCAGGUUACUUAGAUAAAAGUCAAUUUAGUCUGUUAGUAGGUGAAAUUGGAUUGAAAUG